AAGUUAGCGUUGCGUUCAGUACGCUGCUGCCUCACAGCGUACAGAGAGCAGCAGAUAGUUGACCAGUGUGUACAUAAUACGCCAGUUUUCUUUAUUACUAGCUCGAGUUUGUCUCCGUCACACUAAUAAUUAUUUCGGAUAUUUCCAGAGAAAGCCCGAGAAGGACCCAGGACGUGAGAGGACUUUUUUUUUUUUUAAAGAAUCCUUCUGGUCAGCUUCCACUUUGCUUGUUAGCCAUUUGCCAAGAGAGAGAGAGGAUAUUUCUUCAGCCGGUGGAAACAUGAGCUUCCUUUUUGGAAACCGUUCGUCCAAAACAUUCAAGCCCAAGAAGAAUAUCCCCGAGGGUUCUCAUCAGUACGAGCUGUUGAAACAUGCGGAGGCCACGCUUGGAAGUGGAAACCUGCGCAUGGCAGUCAUGUUGCCCGAGGGCGAAGACUUAAACGAGUGGGUCGCAGUCAACACUGUGGACUUCUUCAACCAGAUCAACAUGCUGUAUGGCACCAUCACGGACUUCUGCACGGAGGAAAGUUGCCCGGUCAUGUCUGCUGGUCCUAAGUAUGAGUACCAUUGGGCCGACGGGACCAACAUCAAGAAGCCCAUCAAAUGCUCCGCUCCCAAGUAUAUCGAUUACCUCAUGACUUGGGUGCAGGACCAGCUCGACGACGAGACGCUCUUUCCUUCAAAGAUCGGCGUCCCCUUCAAGCGUAACUUUAUGUCGGUGGCGAAGACCAUCCUGAAGCGCCUGUUCAGGGUCUACGCCCACAUCUACCACCAGCACUUUGACUCCGUCAUGCAGCUGCAGGAGGAGGCCCACCUCAACACGUCGUUCAAACACUUCAUCUUUUUUGUUCAGGAGUUCAACCUCAUUGACAGGAAAGAGCUCGUCCCACUACAGGAGCUGAUUGAAAAACUGACAACCAAGGAUAGAUAAACAGCAAUGUAACCCUUAUUUUAUUGUUCUUCUAGUUUUUGCACAGAUACCCACCCCACCCUGGCUGUAUGUAUGCAGUAUAUACUAUAUUUCCAUUUGGGGAAAUGUUUUUAAAGAGGCCAGGAAGAAGGAAGGGUCUUGAUAGGUUUAAAGGCACCAGGACUAACGCUAUCAGGGAUUACACACUUAAUUGAACAAAACCACAGAUUAACAUUAGAGGAAAUGGGUUUUAGCUGUAUGGAAAGAGAAGAAAAAGUAUUCAGUCACGGCUUCCAUUUAGUUUUCUAUUAGAUAUUUUUCACUCGGAUUCACGUUCACGUCUAUUUCCAGCUCACUCACAGGGGGGAGUCUAGUGUGUAAUACAGAGUUGCUCUAUCAUAGGGGGUCGGUGGCAAAAAUAUAAGACAGCAUUUAAGCCAGGUAGUUAUUUUAUUAUUAAUUAAUCCACAGCUGAAGGAUUUGGGUCUUGGUUUGCUAAUGUUCACAUAUCUAAUAGUGGAUAUCUGUCAAUACAAAGGAAUCCUAAGUGCCUAGCAUGGCUCCUAUUUGCCCUAUGUCAACAGCGAGGACUGUACGAAGAUAAAGGCCAUAUAAACACAUAAUUGACGCUCGACACUAAAAAAAAUUUUCUUUUCUUUCGUCGUACAUGCAUCCAAAUCCCCCUCUCUCCUCUCUUUGUACUGUAACUUGGUUAAAAUAGGAUUUUCUCUUAAUAAUCGCAUCGACUUUAUUUAGCUAGAAAGUCUCUUCGCCAAGUGUUUUUCCGCACAGGUUACGAUAAAAAUGAAUGUGUCGAAAGGACGUAGAAGAAGCGAGGCUAGGAUAUAAAUGUCAGACUUUUAGCAUUUUUCUAGUGACAUGUUUUUUUUUUUUUUGUUUGUUUGUUUUUUGUUUUUUUCCUGAAAACAACUUUAAAUAGUAGAAGCGGAUUUUAGGAAACGCCUGCAACCUGAAAUUGUAUAUAAAUACCUGCAAACAGGCGUAGAAGGUAAAGCUUAAACUCCACCCUUUUGACUCGGAUGACGCUACAUCCCUUGUGUUCCCGCUGGCCAUAAAGCACUUUGAACAAUUUUCCUGACCUCUCUUGCCUGAAUGUUUUACUCUGCGUGGACCGUUGUUUGUGGAGAAGCCACGUGACUGAUCCUCCCCUCGUGGGGCUGGGUGCCGCCGCUCGUUUAGAGGCCGCGGCGGGAUCCGAAAUACGAAUCGAUUAUCGGAUCUUUCGAAUCGAGAUCAGUUUGACUUUUUUUCGUCUUUAAACCCAGCCCUACUCUUUCAUAUUUCCCCCUCCUCCCAAAUGAAUGUUGAAUGGCUUAACCUCCUUUGAGAUCAGCUGUAAGGCACAAGUGAGACUUCCUAAUGCUUUUAUACAAACACUAGGUGCAUGUGUACCCGUCCCCUAAUCUCAAAGUGUAGUGUUACUAUGCAAUAAUUGACACGACACUAAUUACCCCUCCUACUUUAUAUCCGACAUUAACCUUUGCUUUAUAAAAAUGCUUAAAUUCGGGUGUUAAAAAAAGAAAAAAAACAUUAAAAAAAAAAACAUUUUCUAUCUGAAAUUAGUCCGAGAGGUUUAACGCUUCACGUGUAAAUACCAAGAAAAUGAAUUUCGCAGCGAGCAUGGAGUGGUAGCUUUUUGGUUUGACGAAUGCAUCGAGGCUUUUUAGAGGCUGCCCCAACCCCACACUCUCCUUUGGUUUGAAUAUUAAAACAUUUGAAUCGUUAUUUUUUCCCCCUCCCUUAGCUGUUAUGAAUGUUACUGCUCACCAGGUGUCUGCAAAUGUACUAGAGAGUCCUGAAAGCGUCUCCUCCUCAUGAAAAGCCCGUAACGACGCAGCCUUUCGCCUACAGUUUUCUUUCCUCCUCGACUGUAAGAAACGAUGAAACACGUGUAAAUAAUGGCUUGGUAGGGGGUUUUCAAUGCUACUGAAUUGAUUUAUGCUGUUUACAAGACGAAUAAAGGUGGUCUUGACUCUUUGA